AUGGCGGACAACAAUGCUGGUGGUUCACCUAUCAGGUUCAGGCGGAGGGCGCCGGCACGCAGGACGUGCAAAGGCUUCUCGCGCCUCUCGCUGUCGGGGCCCGACGCCGACACCUCGGCGCUCCGUCAGCGCAUGGAGGCGCAAAUGGGCCUGAUGGAGGAUGCCUUGCGCCAGCUCAAGGAGGACGUCGGCACGAUGGGGCUCCUGGCCGACAGGCCAGACGCCACAGGGCGGGGCGACGAACCGUCCCAGGGCGAUGGCGUCGCCAGAGAGGCCCGCGCCGCCGAGCCCGGUGAUGAUUCCGAGUGUGCUGUAGCGUCGGAUGCCGACUCGUCGGAGGUGUGGGACGCCUGCGAGUGGCCGCAGACCGUGGCGAUGCGGCCGUGCUUCGAGGAGGCGCUGGCAGAAUUGGACAUCGGGAAUUCGCGUGCGACGACGACCAAGGAUUUCCUUCAGAGGGCGAGGUUCAGGAUCAAGACAAGAGAGAACGACUUGGUCACCAAACAACACUUUACAAGCAGAUUCAUUUUGUACCCGCACUGCCGCAGGGUUCUCAUAUUCAAAGCGUUCAGCAUCGUGGUUCUCGUUUUCGACUUGUGCAUGGUGCCGUACAUGAUCGCUUGGGACAGUCCAUACGAGGGGUGGACGUUUGCGCACAUGUUGUUUUCUGCCCUGUUCUGGUUUCUGGACAUGAUUUCGAACUUUAUGAUCGGGUACGUCAGGGACUACCAGGUGCAGAUGAGGCCGAUGGAUAUCGUCGUGCACUACGUGCGCACCCGGUUUCUCCUCGACUUGCUGUUCGUGUGCAGCGAUGUUGUCAGUCUGGUCGUCCUCGGCGGCGCUGGCGCUGCAGACGCGUACUGGCUAUUCAGCGCCCUGCGCGCACUCAAAGCUGGGCGGCUGAUGCAGAUCCGGAAUUUGCUCAACGCAUGCUCCCAGAUUAUCACCGAUGAGAAGUACCACACCUGA